GUAGAGUCCGUGAAUAAUUUCGUUAUCUCUAGUGAUUGCAGUUCAUUAAAAUUAACUACAGUAGGCAGUCACAUUGUUUAUGUUUAAUCGGUGAUAGCCAUGUAUUCGAUUAGUUUACAAGUUGUUGACUUACAAGGAUAUUUGUGGCUUACGGCGUACAUCCAUUACUUUACACCAGGGAAUCUGCGACUCAAAACGAAGGUGCAUCAAGUGCCUAUUUAUCGAGUACGAGAACUUAUUGACUAUGCUCCCGCUGCCUUAGAAACUCGAAGAUGGAUGAUGAAGCACGAGAGCCCUUACCCCGGGUACUGCCGCGCGCCCGGCAGAGCCGAAUGCUUGCCGCUGCUCUGCGACUGCGACUAUCUCACGCAGGAAUGGAACAGAAAAUGGGGCCAAUCGGGGAAUAACGGUACACUUAGUGGCAGUACUGUACUUCUUUAUAAAAAAGGUACACUAACAAAAACAUAACUAUAAGUUUAUAGU